AUGGGAGCGGCGGCGGACGCGGAGUGGCUGCGCUGGGUGAGCAAGAAAUUCGGGAGUGUCGCUGGGAAGGAAAUCAGCCUGGAAGAGUUCAAAUCUGCCCUACAGGUCAAGGAGUCCUUCUUUGCCGAGAGGUUUUUUGCGCUCUUCGAUUCCGACGGGAGCGGCUCCCUGAGCCGGGAGGAGCUGCUGGGAUCCCUGAGCCGCCUGCUCCGCGGGAAUUCCACGGAAAAGCUCCAAUUCCUCUUCCAGGUGUACGAUGUGGACGGGAGCGGCUCCAUCGAUGCCGAGGAGCUGCGGGUGGUGCUCCGGGGGUGUCUCCAGGAGAGCUCCCUGGCCCUUCCCGAGGAGCGGCUCGGGGCGCUGAGCCAGGCCCUGCUCCAGGCCCUGGACCGGGACCACAGCGGCUCCAUCACCUUCCCGGAGCUCCGGGAGCAGCUGGAAGCGUUCCCGGAACUCCUGGAGAACCUGAGCAUCAGUGCUGCCAGCUGGCUGAAGCCCCCCAGUCCCAGCCCUGCUGCGCCCUGGCUGUGCUGCUUUUCCCGGGAACCCCACGAGGAUCAGCAGCCCGGGAUGUGCUGCUUUUCCCGGGAACCCCACGAGGAUCAGCAGCCCGGGAUGUGCUGCUGUUCCCGGGAAUCCCGCGGGGACCGGCGGGCCCGGCUGUGCUGCCUGGGGGCCUGGGUCGCCGCCACGGCGCUCCUGCUCGCCCUGGGGGCUCUGUGGCACCGGGAGCGCGGCCCGGCCCUGGCGCUGGCCCGGGGCUGCGGGCAGAGCCUCAACCUCAACUGCGCCCUGCUGGCCGCGCUGAUGCUGCGGCGCUCUCUGACCUGGCUGCGCUCCACGCCGCUGGCGGAGCUGUUCCCGCUGGAGCUGCACGUGCGGGGCCACGAGCGCGUGGGACACCUGGUGCUGGUCCUGGGGACCGCGCACGCGGGGGCACACCUGGCACAGGCCGGGCUGGCACGGCGGGACUGGCUCGUGGCCCUGGGCGAGUACGUGCGGCGGGCGGGCGCUGGUGGCGUUGGUGGCACUGCCCCGCAGAGCGGGCUGGCGCUGCUGGCGCUGCUCCUGGCCAUGCUCGCCUGCUCCAGCCCCUGCGUGCGCCGCGGCGGCCACUUCGAGGUGUUUUACUGGAGCCACCUCUCCUACAUCCCCGUGUGGCUCCUGCUGCUCCUGCACGGUCCCCACUUCUGGAAGUGGUUCCUGAUUCCCGGCUCCCUCUUUGUGCUGGAGAAGGUUCUGGGCUGGGCGUGGCGCCGGGCAGAGGAUCUGCACAUCCUGGAGGCCAAGCUGCUGCCCUCCAAGGUGACCCACCUGGUGAUCCAGAGGCCGAAAUCCUUCCGCUUCCAGCCGGGGGAUUACGUGUACCUGAACGUGCCGGCCAUCGCUGCCUACGAGUGGCACCCCUUCUCCAUCAGCAGCGCCCCGGAGCAGCCAGAAACCCUCUGGCUGCACAUCCGGGCGCGGGGCCAAUGGACCACCAAGCUCUACGAGUACUUCCAGCAGCUGGAAUUGCACGGCCCGGAGCCAAAUCCACCCGGGAAGGGCUGCAGGGAGCGGAGGAGCCGGCACUGGGAACAGGAAGGCUCCGUGGCCUCCGGCAGGGAUGGAGCCGUGGAGCUGACGGCGUUCCGAGCCUCUGGAGCCGCUUUCCCUGGAAAGGACCCGGAGCAGGGGCUCAGUGGGAAAAUGCCCAAAUCCAGGGAAUUUUGGGAGUGCUUGGGAAGGGGGGAUGAUCACUGCUCCUCGCUCCUGCAGGGCACCGCACCUGGGGAGAGCCAGCGGAGCUGCAGCGUCAAGUGCUUCCUGGACGGUCCCUACGGAACGCCGAGCCGGCGCAUCUUCACCUCGGAGCACGCCGUUCUCAUCGGGGCCGGCAUCGGGAUCACCCCCUUCGCCUCCAUCCUGCAGAGCAUCAUGAUCCGGUACCGGCGGCGGAAGCAGAGCUGCCCCAGCUGCCGUUUCUCCUGGAGUGAGGAACGGCGGGAUGAGGAGAUGACGCUCCGGAAGGUGGAUUUCAUCUGGAUCACGCGGGACCAGCAGCACCUGCAGUGGUUCCUGGGCCUCCUGGCCAAGCUGGAGGCGGAGCAGGCGGAGCUGGAGCUGGGAGGGAAGUUCCUGGAGCUGCACCUGUACAUGACCUCGGCGCUGGGCAGGGGCGAUGUGAAGGCGCUGGGGCUGCAGCUGGCCCUGGACCUGCUGGCGGCGCGGGAGCAGCGCGAUUCCAUCUCCGGGCUGCGCUGCCGCACCCAGCCCGGCCGCCCCGACUGGGAACAGGUGUUCGCGCGGGUGGCGGCGGAGCGGCGCGGGGCGGUCGCGGUGUUCCUGUGCGGAUCCGCGGGGCUGGCCCGGGCCAUCCGCGGGCACUGCCGCCGCUUCGGCUUCCGCUUCCACCGGGAGAACUUCUGA